AUGACUAAAGCCUCAGUUUCAUCCUCGGUAGUGAAUACUGUGAACACCAUCAUUGGUUCGGGUAUGUUGGUUCUCCCCUAUGCUUUCAAGACCGAUUCGGUUCUUUGGGGAAUCCUAAUCCUGAUAUUCGCAGCAGUGACGAACAUUUUGGGAUUAUUUCUACUGGCAGUGUCAUCUAAAUACCUCAGAGAGGGCAAUGCAAAUUUCUUCACUGUCUCGUUGAUCACCGAUCCUAGCCUGAGUGUCAUUUUCGACUUUGCCAUUGCGCUUCAGUGCUUCGGUGUCAACAUAUCCUACGUCGUUCUGACCGGAGAUCUGUUACCGUUGAUAUUUCCGAUAUCUGGAUAUUCGGACUCGCAAGCACGGACAUUUUACAUCCUUUUGUCAGCGUUUAUCACCGUUCCGCUCUGUUUCUUGAAAAGACUGGAUAGUCUCAAAUAUGCGUCGGUGGUGUCCUUGGUUGCAAUUGCUUAUUUGGUGAUCUUAGUUUACGCAAACUUUGGCUAUGCUCUAGCCACAGGUUUUGAAAACGUUCCAAUUGAUAAACAAGGUACAAUUUCAUGGUGGAAGCCAGAAGGGUUCAAGCAGGUCUUCAAGACUUUCGCCAUCAUCGUGCUGGCCUUCACCUGUCCCAACGAGUUUUCCAUCAUCUCUGAGCUCGAUAACCCGACUCUUUCGAGAAUCCUGAAAAUCAUCGCAAUUUCUCUAUCAGUUACCACCGCACUGUUUGUCACUGUUGGUCUGUCCGGAUACUUCACCUUUGGUAGUUCGCUUACCGGAAACAUUAUUCUGAUGUACCAAGAAACAUGGUACACCAAGCUGGGAAUGGCUCUCUUGGCACUUAUGGUGUUGCUAUCAUUCCCUCUGAUGUUCCAUCCAGCUCGUAUUUCAUUCCACAACAUUUCGCAUUGGAUAGAAACGACCUACAUCCGUUCCGAGGAAAGUACUCCACUGAUUGAAUCUGAAGCCGCUGCAAUCCCUCUUUCUCAGUCGAGAUUCGUCAAGUUGACCAUCAUCAUGCUGAUUGUGGCAUAUUUUGCUGCACUCAAACUCAAAUCUUUCGAGCUGGUGCUCUCCAUUGUGGGUUCGACCGGUGGAGUUCUUAUAUCGUUCGUGCUUCCAGGGUUCUAUGGUUACAAGCUUAUCAACAAUGCAGAGAAACGCGGAUUUUUGGAAAUCUAUUCACCAGAGGACAGUGGACACUGGGUCUUCCGCAAUGAGACUUUGAAGAAGCUCUCUCUUGCAUUGGUGUUUUGGGGAAUUGCAGUCAUGUUCAUUUCCCUAUAUUCAACAUUAUUCGAAUGA